UCCUUCCUCAUUCAUCAUUCUCAUAAGCAGAGCGCAUCAUUCAAGCCAAUCAAGGAGUGGUCAAUACAAAUCCACCAUGAAGACCUUUAUCAUCCUUGCCCUCCUUGCUAUUGUGGCGACCACCGCCACAACUGCAGUUACAGUUCCAGUGCCACAAUUGCAGCCACAAAAUCCAUCUCAGCAACAACCACAAAAGCAAGUUCCAUUGGUGCAACAACAACAAUUUCUAGGGCAGCAACAACCAUUUCCACCACAACAGCCAUAUCCGCAGCCGCAACCAUUUCCAUCACAACAACCAUAUCCACAGCCACAACCAUUUCUGCCACAACUACCAUAUCCGCGUCCGCAACCAUUUCUACCACAACAACCAUAUCCACAACCGGAACCACAGUAUCCGCAACCACAACAACCAAUUUCGCAACAGCAGCAGCAGCAACAACAACAACAACAACAAAUCCUUCAACAAAUUUUGCAACAACAACUGAUUCCAUGCAGGGAUGUCAUCUUGCAACAACACAACAUAGCGCAUGCAAGCUCACAAGUUUUGCAACAAAGUACUUACCAGUUGUUGCAACAAUUGUGUUGUCAGCAGCUGUGGCAGAUCCCCGAGCAGUCGCGGUGCCAAGCCAUCCAGAAUGUUGUUCAUGCUAUUAUUCUGCAUCAACAACAACAACGACAACAACAACAACAACAACAACAACAACAACAACAACAACAACAACAACAACAACAACAACAACAACAACAACAACAACAACAACAGCAGCAACAACCGUCGAGCCAGGUCUCCUUCCAACAGCCUCAGCAACAAUAUCCAUCAGGCCAGGGCUCCUUCCAGCCAUCUCAGCAAAACCCACAGGCCCAGAGCUCUGUCCAACAUCAACAACUACCCCAAUUUGAGGAAAUAAGGAACCUAGCACUGCAGACGCUACCAGCAGUGUGCAAUGUCUACAUCCCUCCAUAUUGCUCGACCACCAUUGCGCCAUUUGGCAUCUUCGGUACUAACUGAGAAGAGAAGAACUCUAGUACUAGAUAUAUGAAACACUGUUUUCUUAGUCCAUGGUUUGGUCAUUGUAGCGGUGAGAAAAUAAAGUGACAUGCACUAUCAUGUAAGAACCCGAACUAUACUAGUUCAAACUUGGGAAUAAAAGACAAACACAGGUCUUGUCUACA